UUGUAAGUGCAUGAUGUGAAAUAACUAUCAGCUCCAAUCUGCGUCCAUUCCCACAAAACGAAGCACCGCCUACAACUCAACUUUAUAGCUACAUAAAUGUUAUUGCGUUCUCGAGUAAGUAGUUUUUACGGAAAAGGAAUCGGAUCUCACGAUGUUUUGGUUUGUUGUAAGUGCCGUUUUAAUUUUACUUGCCUUAAGGUUGCGUUAUCCUUACGUUAUCGCGGAUGUCAAGCACAACUUUCUGGUAGCAAGAAAUAUGUAUCGUACGACUAAAUAUUUCAAAGCCAAACCCUUCUACACCUUGGUGGACCGAUUCUCGGAUUCGGUUCAGAAGAACCCCGACAAAGCGUUCAUCCGCUUCCAGGAUGAAACGCACUCUUACGCGGAGUCGGAUAAACGGAGUAAUAAAAUCGCCAGGAGUUUGUUGAAGCACGCAGGACUUCACGAGGGAGACACGGUCGCGCUCCUUCUAGGAAAUGAGCCCAUGUUCUUGUGGAUAUGGUUGGCUUUGGCCAAGAUCGGAUGUGCUGCUGCCCUUCUCAAUCACAACAUCCGAUCCAAAUCGCUUCUGCACUGCUUCGCCUGCUCUGGGGCCAACGUGCUCAUAGCUGGUGCAGAACUGCAGGACGCCAUUGAGGAGGUGCUGCCGGCUCUGAGAGAGCAGGGCGUCUCUGUCUAUAUACUGACUGAGCAUGUGACCACCGAGGGAAUGGAGAGCUUUACAGACAAGAUAGCGCAGGCCUCGGAUGAGCCGCUACCUGCAGAGCUGAGGAGCAACAUCACCCCCAGCAGCCCAGCGGUGUACAUCUACACGUCAGGCACCACGGGUCUCCCAAAGGCAGCAGUGGUCGCUCAUCGGAGGCUGUGGGCCACGUCCUGCUUUUUCUCCCUUUGUGGUGUGAAGUGUGAUGAUGUGGUGUACAUCUGCCUUCCCUUGUAUCACAGCGCAGGCUUUGCCGUAGGAUUCGGAGGUGCCAUUGAAAGAGGAUCUACUAUUGUCCUGAAGAAUAAGUUUUCUUCCUCUCAAUUCUGGGAUGACUGCAGAAAAUAUAAUGUCACUGUGAUACAGUAUAUUGGAGAAACAAUGCGCUACCUCUGCAAUACGCCAAAGCGCGUUAGCGACCAAGUACACAACGUCAGAAUGGCCAUCGGGAACGGGAUCAGGCCAGAGGUGUGGAGGACCUUCAUAAGCAGAUUUGGAAAUGUUGCCAUCAAAGAGUUCUACGGCUCGACCGAGGGAACCCUGGGCUUUUUGAACUAUGCUGGGAGAAUCGGGGCUGUCGGUAGAAUUAAUCUUUUUCAUAAGACAAUCUUACCAUAUGCCUUGGUGAAGUUCGACCAAGAACGAGAGGAACCUGUGAGGAACGCAGAAGGAUUUUGUAUAGAAGUAGCUAAAGGUGAAACCGGCCUACUGGUAUCAAAGAUUACCCAGAAAGUCCAAUUCGCUGGAUAUGCCAGGGAUCCCAAACAGACAGAGAAGAAGAAACUCUACAAUGUGUUUGAGAAGGGAGAUGUUUACGUCAACACUGGAGAUCUGUUCAGGAUAGACCACGAAAACUUCAUCUACUUCCAGGAUCGGGUGGGCGACACUUUUAGGUGGAAAGGGGAGAACGUUUCCACAAAUGAAGUGUCAGACCUCUUGACCAUGGCAGCGGGUGUGAAGGAAGCAAAUGUAUACGGCGUUACAGUUCCAGGGUAUGAGGGAAAGACAGGGAUGGCUACCAUCACGCUGAAGAAAGACCAUCGCUUUAAGCCCGAAGCCGUUUUUAGUCACGUGACCUCUUACCUCCCUUCUUAUGCCAGACCCCGUUUUAUAAGGAUCCAGGACUGUUUGGCUGUGACUUCCACUUUCAAACAGCUGAAAGGGACGCUGGUGGAGGAGGGCUUCAACCCUGCUGUAAUCACCGACCCUCUGUUUGUUUUAGAUGAGACGGUGAAAAGCUACAGACCUUUGACACGUGACACGCAUCAGUCGAUAUUGGACGGUCACUUCAGGUUGUGAAGAGCUGGAUGUUAGAAUUUAUAAUGAAAAAAAACGAAUCUUUUAUUCGCUCAGACUUAAUUAAAUCACAAUUGGCACACGAAACGUAAUUAUUACAUUUAAUAUGACAAAUUUAUUGGUGCAAAUAAGUAUUUUGCUCAUUGUGCAUAUUUCAAAAGUCCACAGGCUUAUCUUGUAGCACGCUAUUAUAUGACGAGAUUGUUUAAAAAGAUAAUAAACGAGUUUUAAAAGGU